AUUUAAUAAUAAUUAAUAUAUGCUUUAUCAAAAGUUUUAAGGAUAAUAUACAUUAUUUUAAGUUUUAUGAAACUCUAAAAAAUAAUCAAAUAACCAAAAGAAAUUAUAAUAAAAAUAAUACAGUAAGCUCUGCCGCAAAGAGCUUUGCUGCGGUGGGAGGCUUCAUCACCGUUGAAUUCCCAUCACCUCCCCGAUCAGAUCUCGUAUCCAACGGCCAGCAGGAAAAGGAUGCGUUUAGUACGCUUUCGCCACCCCAUUUCCUUCUUCCCCGUUCGGAAUCGAAGCGGUGAAGCAGUUGGAUCCGCCAAACAAACUCGUUGAUUCUUGAUCCGUCAAGGAAAGGUUGCGAGAAAUCAGCUUGUCUAUUUAGGAGUCAUUGCACUGAUUCUGAUUGGUACUGGUUCAUAAACUUUGGUUAGAAGGUGCGAUGGAUGUCCCAGAAUCAGAUUGUGGAUUUGUAAACGAGAGUGAGCCGUUGUUUCAUUGCAAUCAAUGUGACAAGGAGUUGGUGCGGAAGAUAGCACAAUUACUGCUUCCUGGAUUGGCCACAGCUUGUGUUGACAAUACCACUGGUCUGUUCAAGAGUCCAGCUUCUGUUGCUGUUGUUACGAGGAAGGAGAUGGUGGACUAUCUCAAGCAAAGAAGUCAAAUGUAUGUCACGGAAGCUGUAGGCCAAGGAGAUGAUAUUGCGAAUAUGGUGGAAGAAUUUUCUGAUGAACCAACUGAAAUCAUAUCCGGUUUUGUUGAUGAUUUUGCAAGUUCAAAACGGAACUUGUUCAGUCGUGUUUCGGGUUGGUUGUCCAACGAAAGCCGAGAAGAAAAGAUUGAUGAUUUUGUGCAGGAAAUGGAGACAAAUGUGUUCUGGUCAAUUGAUCGGAGGGAAGCCAUUGCAGAAAUCCUGAUCAGGAAUGUGGACUUGAAGAGAGCAUUCCACUGUUCAAAAAAGUUUGACUCUGCUCAACAGCUUGCUGAGCAUGAAACCCAAUGUAGCUUCAGGAUAUUAGGUUGCACAAACGAGGGAUGCAAGGCUAAAUUUUCUGCUAUUCAUGCAGAAAAGCAUGACUCAGAAUGCCCUUUUAAGGUCAUUCCAUGCGAGCAAAAGUGCUCAGAGAGAAUAGUGAGGCAUGACAUGGACAGACAUUGCAUAACCAUAUGCCCCAUGAAGCUUGUCAACUGCCCUUUCUACCAAGUUGGUUGUCAUUCUGCUUUCCCACUGUGUAAUCUUGAGAAGCACUGUUCAGAAUGUCUACGGUCACACCUACUGUACGUUCUUCAAGUGCUUCACAAGCAGGAGGCUUCGGUGGAAGAGCUAAGACGGCGUGUGCAACUCUUGGAAAAGUCCCAUACUCUGAGCGAAUUGUCUGAAGCCUUGGAUGUGAGAUCGCUUACGCUGGUGAUUAAGGAGCAAGAAGCAAAAAUGAAGAAACUGGAACACGAUCUCAGUAACAUUAGAGAUAAUCAAAAGCUUGCAAAGAAUGUAAAAUGAGAUGAGAUUCUGUUGGCAAAGGACAUGUUUGUGGUUGUUUUGACUUUCUGAA